AAUAGCGAUUAGACUUUUGAAAUCAGAAUGCUGAUGUUUGUUGAACAGAUUUGAGGUACGAUGCGAAAGAUAUUUUAAUUUUUCAAGUGUAGAAUUAUUUAGGGAAUGUUGUGUAAUAAUAGAAAAUAUGAAGCCCUCAGUUAUAUGUAGACUCUACUAAUUAAAUAAAAUAUUAAUUCUAUUAAUUACUUGUGUGUUUCAUAGUAUAAAAGCCCUUGACAACAAGAUUCAUAAAAUAUUAAAAAUAAAAUAAUCAUGAAUUAGCUAAUUAAAUAGGUUAGAGUUGAUUAACCCAUAUCAAUGGUUGUUAAUGUUGUUGUAAAUUUAAAUCUUGGAAAGAUAAGUUUACAAGCGAAUGUUGACCCAGAUAUACCAUUUAAUGUUUUUAUAGAGGAAAUCUUAGAAUAAAUAUUUAAUCAAGAAUUGAAAUCAAUAUAAGCUUAAAACACCAUUCAGUGUAAAUUGGAAAGUGGGAAACAAAUUUAAAACCAAAUUCGCAAUGGAUUAAACUCUUUAGGGUUCACUAAUGGUUGUACUCUGUAAGUUCAGAUACUCUAGGGGAUAUAGGAAACUCCGUAACCAUUAGAUCAUUAUUAUGAAAAAAAGUAUUAUUGAUAGGUUGAAAGAAAUUUUGAAUUUACCUUCAUAUGAUAAUAUUGAGUUAUUAU